GGUUAACUUACCCUAUUUCGGUUGACUAUUCGAACAGGGAUCAUCUUGUAUUCUCAUUGCCAGCACAGACAAAAACACCUCAAAAUCAUUAAAAAAAACACAAUAAUUAAAAAUCUCAAGAAGAGUCGAUCCAGCUUUCUCUUUCUAACCAAGAAUAUAAAAAACCUGAACACCCAGAAAUCAGUCAAAACCACAUACUUCACUUGAAUAUAUUAGUGUUCAUCACCUGUAACAGUACUUUCCCAUGGUCUUUUCUUUUAGCAAUUCUUGAAAACUAUGACGAAGCCCAAUAAUUUCUUGCAGAAUCUGAUGAAGCCUUUCAAGCUCAACUCAAGCAAAGAGGGACCAGAAGAGGAGGACUUGGAGAAGAUUGCUGAACAGGAACAGAAGCAGUUUUCUUUUGAGACUUUGCUCUCUGCUACCAAAGAUUUCCACCCAACUCACAAGCUCGGUGAAGGUGGAUUUGGACCUGUAUACAAGGGGAAGUUGGAUGAUGGGAGAGAGAUUGCAGUGAAGAAGCUGUCUCACAGUUCAAAUCAGGGGAAGAAAGAAUUCAUGAAUGAGGCAAAGCUAUUAGCACGAGUCCAGCAUCGAAAUAUUGUAAAUUUGUUAGGAUAUUGUGCACAUGGUGUGGAAAAGCUACUGGUUUACGAGUAUGUUGCCAAUGAGAGCCUUGACAAGCUUCUGUUCAAAUCUGACAAAAGAGGACAGCUUGAUUGGAAGACGAGAUAUAAUAUAAUAAUUGGCAUUGCUCGGGGUUUGCUUUACCUUCAUCAGGAUUCUCACAGUUGCAUCAUCCACCGUGACAUCAAGGCAAGCAAUAUUUUACUGGAUGACAAAUGGGUUCCUAAGAUUGCUGAUUUUGGCAUGGCCCGUCUGUUCCCGGAAGAUCAAACACAUGUCAACACCCGUGUUGCUGGUACCAACGGGUAUAUGGCUCCAGAGUAUGUCAUGCAUGGACAUUUAUCGGUGGGGGCAGACGUAUUUAGCUUUGGGGUUUUGGUUCUGGAACUGAUCAGCGGCCAAAGAAAUUCAACAUUUAGUCAACAGCAUGUUGAAGCACAGAAUCUACUUGAUUGGGCAUAUAAGCACCACAAGAAAGAUAGGAGUUUGGAGAUUAUGGACCCAGAAUUAGCAUCCUCAGCAGUCACCGAAGAGGUGAAAACAUGUAUUCAUAUAGGGCUGCUAUGCACACAAGGUGAUCCACAGUCGCGGCCGCAUAUGCGACGUAUUGUUGUCCUGUUGUCAAGGAAACCUAGCAAUCUAGAAGAACCAGGCAGACCUGGAGUUCCUGGUUCUAGAUAUAGGAGAUCUCGAAGGCCAGGAGGAAUGUCCUCAACUGCUGGAACAUUCGGUACUGCUGGAACAUUCGGUGAAUCUGAUUCCCGUACAUUUAAUUCAAGCUCAAAUACUAAAACUGCCACCGCGUCUACCUCAGCUUCGAGAGAAACGCCCCCUUGAAGGCUAAAGCAUAUUUUAAUUGGAAUUAUUUUCUUAUUCUUUUUGUAAUGUAGGCUGUCCUUUAGUGUGUAAAUGUUAGCGGAAAGUUAGUGGUUAAAUAGAAGCAAUACUGAUUACUCCUAGUUAUUUAUUAGAUGGAAAAUGGCAAUAACAAAAUAGUCUAGGGUUGGACUUUUUCUGUUA